AUCUUUCCACCAUGUUUGGGAAAAAGAAGAAGAGGCUGGAAAUUUCCGGCCCGUCCAACUUCGAGCACCGGGUGCACACCGGCUUCGACCACCGGGAGCAGAAGUUCACGGGGCUGCCGCAGCAGUGGCACAGCCUGCUGGCAGACACAGCCAACAGGCCCAAGCCCAUGGUGGAUCCCUCAUGCAUCACCCCCAUCCAGCUGGCUCCUAUGAAGACCAUUGUUCGGGGGAACAAGCCUCGAAAGGACACUUCGAUCAACGGGCUGCUGGAGGAGUUUGACAACAUCUCGGUGACCCGCUCCAACUCCCUGCGGAAGGAGAGCCCUCCCAGCCACCACCAGGGCAGUGCCAACCACGUGUCCCGGCCCCAGGAGGAGAAUGGCUACAUCGUGUGCUCGCAGUACUCGAGCGAGUCGGACAGCACGGCCGAGAGCGGCGCGGACCGGCUCCGGGACAGGGCCCUGUGCGGGGACGAGUGGGACCGCUACUGCCAGGGCAGCCUGGCCGCCAGGCACAACGGGCACCUGCUCAAGGUCACUGCCCGCGACUUCUACUACUCAGAAGUGACCCCCCUGCAGUCAGAGCUGUCCAGGUUCCUCCCGGAUUACCAGGCGCACCUGGAGAGCAAGCCCAAGGCGCUGGAGUACGGGGGCCUGAGGCUGGAGUACCAGCGGGUGCCCAGCGGCUCCUCCCUGGACUACCGGGAUUCCUUCCCCUACGCCCCGUCCCGGGCCUCGCUGCAGAGCGAGGGCCCCAGGGACAGGCUGGACUACGGGGACCCUGACUGGGGACACGGCCUCGCCAGGGAGGACAUUGACAAGAGGCCCAAGUCCUCCUACGUGGACCCCGCGAGCCCCCAGCCGGCCAUGAGGCAGAGAUCCAGGUCGGGCUCGGGCCUGCAGGAGCCGGCCAUGCCCUACGCAGCCAGCGCCUUCAAAGCUCACCAGCAGGGACAUUCCUACAGCUCCUACACCUACCCCCGCCUGUCCGAGACCGCAGCAGGAGUGCCCAAGGUGGAUUAUGACCGAGCGCAGCUGGUGGUGAGCCCUCCGCUCUGCGGCUCGGACACCUACCCCCGGGGCCCAGCCAAGCUACCUCAGAGCCAGAGCAAGGGCAGCUACUCGAGCAGCAGCUACCAGUACCCCCUGCUGUACCACAAGGCUCCCCACCUGCAGCAGCCCGGCUCCCCGUACGCGUCCCCGGGCUCGUACCCCGGCUCCCCCAGCCUGGCGCCGGGCGCGUACCCCCCGCCCAGCUGGGGCUCGUGCUCGGAGCAGGCGCCCUCCAGGGUGUCCCACGAGCAGUUCCGCGCCGCCCUGCAGCUGGUGGUGAGCCCCGGGGACCCCCGCGAGUACCUGGACAGCUUCCUCAAGAUCGGCGAGGGCUCCACGGGCAUCGUGUGCAUCGCCACCGAGCGCCACUCGGGCAAGCAGGUGGCUGUCAAGAAGAUGGACCUCAGGAAGCAGCAGAGGAGGGAGCUGCUCUUCAAUGAGGUGGUGAUCAUGAGGGAUUACCACCACGAGAACGUGGUGGACAUGUACAACAGUUACCUGGUGGGGGACGAGCUCUGGGUGGUGAUGGAGUUCCUGGAGGGCGGCGCCCUGACCGACAUCGUCACUCACACCAGGAUGAACGAGGAGCAGAUCGCCACGGUGUGCGUGUCCGUGCUGCGCGCCCUGUCCUACCUGCACCACCAGGGCGUCAUCCACCGCGACAUCAAGAGCGACUCCAUCCUGCUGACCAGCGACGGCAGGAUAAAAUUGUCUGACUUUGGGUUCUGUGCCCAAGUGUCAAAGGAGGUCCCCAGGAGGAAGUCCCUGGUUGGGACACCCUAUUGGAUGGCACCAGAGGUGAUAUCCCGCCUGCCCUACGGCACUGAGGUGGACAUCUGGUCCCUGGGCAUCAUGGUGAUGGAGAUGAUCGACGGGGAGCCGCCGUACUUCAAUGAGCCGCCGCUGCAGGCCAUGCGCCGCAUCCGGGACAACCUCCCGCCCCGCGUCAAGGACACACACAAGGUCUCGUCGGUGCUGCGGGGCUUCCUGGACUCGAUGCUGGUGCGGGAGCCCUCGCAGCGAGCCACGGCGCAGGAGCUGCUCAGACACCCCUUCCUGAAGCUGGCAGGGCCCCCCUCCUGCAUCGUGCCCCUCAUGAGGCAGCACAGGCACCGCUGA